UCACCGCCGCCGGCACUGUAGAUGCAGCCAGAGCUCGCGACGGGUGCCUAGCUGCGCCGGCACGCCCCCGUCACCGCGGCCACUUUACAACGCUACUUUCGCGUCAUUAAGCCGCAUUCUGCAGUGACGUCCGGUCAGAGCUGUUCCUACAUCACGAGACCGCCCUCACCCUCCUGUAGCACCAUGCGAAUAGCGAUCGUAGGCGCAGGCGCGGCCGGGCUCGCGUCGGCGCGUCAUGUGCAGGCCUCCGAGAACCACUCCUGCCUUGUGUUCGAGAGGUCCACCCACAUCGGAGGCACCUGGAUCUACACGGAGGAGGUGGGCAUAGCCAGUGACGGCCUGCCGGUCCACACCAGCAUGUACCAGAACCUGAGGACAAAUCUUCCGAAAGAGGUUAUGGGAUUCCCAGAUUUUCCUAUUCCACACAGAGAAGAAUCUUACCUGCCAGCAAAGGACAUUCUCCAGUUCUUAAACGACUAUGCCGAUCAUUUUGGACUGAGGAAGCACAUAAAAUUUCAGCAUGUGGUUACUCUCGUUAACCCUCGAGAUGCCGUCUGGGACGUAACAGUGAAAAAUCUUGCUUCAGGGGAAGAAACUGUCCACGAGUUUGACGCAGUCAUGGUUUGUAAUGGACACUAUUUCCUGCCAUUCGUGCCGUCCCUUCCAGGAUCAGAGAAGUUCAGAGGUCGGCAGACGCACAGCCACGACUACCGAGUGCCGUCGCUCUUCAAAGGUCGUAGGGUGGUGGUCGUGGGAGCCGGCCCGUCGGGAAUGGACCUCACGCUCGAUAUCUCCUCUCAGGCAGAGCUGGUAAUUCUGAGCCAUCAUUUCAAAGAAAAAAUUGAUACAAAAUUUCCUGACAACGUCUUUCAGAAACCAGAAAUCGUGAGUCUAGGUGAGGAAUCAGUGACGUUUGCAGAUGGUUCAACGUACAAGGUCGAUGAUGUGUUUUAUUGUACAGGUUAUCAAUAUAGUUUCCCGUUCCUGUCAGAAAAAUGCAACGUCAAAGUUGAAGACAAUCGAGUCCAACCGCUUUUCAAGCACACGAUUCACAUAGACUAUCCGACGUUGUGCUUUAUUGGGCUACCGUUCUACGUCUGUGCCUUUUCCUUGUUUGACCUACAGGGCGUGUCACACCUCCAGUCACACACAGAGCAGCUGGGGCACCAGCAUUCCAGUCCAUGGCGGGUCACUGGUUCGACCCUCUGCGGCCAACGUGGGGCAUUCAAGUGUGGCAGCUCUCCUAGACGGCAGGGCGUAUUACACCGCUGGGCUACACGCAGCAACAGAUGUGGCGACAGCGUCCUAGUCCACGGCGGGUCGUCGGUUCGAACCUCUGAGGCCGACGCGGGGUCCGCAGCCAGCCAGGCCGGGCCACUCUUCGGCUCGCUACCGUGGGCGUUCGUCUCGCCUCCCGACACACGCCGGAGACUUCCGAGGGGAGGGCCGCAAAUUCGGACACCAGAUAGCGGGCGGUUGUUGCCGCCAUGUUCCCAGCAACGCCAGCCGAGGAAGAAGCAGCAGCAGGGCAGGCCUACAGCUCCCAGCGGAGCAGUGGCCGCUGGUUCAGCUGCUGGCGCAGCCAUCUUGAUGUAAUCGGAACUCUGCAGCUGGCAUACAAGGCCGGCUCGACACGGUGUUGCAUUGAACAGGCCGCUGGGGUGUUUCCUCAGCAUUGCGGGGCCUGUCACGCAGACCGAGGUGAAUGGAGCUCUGUAGUGGAAACAAAUAAAUCAUUUGGAAAGUUCUGCCAAGUUUUAAUAUGGCACCUCCUGGCACCCAACCCACUAAUUUGGUGUCAAUACACCACAUUUGACAUCUGAUACCCACAACACUACCAUCAACAGUCGACAUCGAUAGAUAUAGAAGGCGUGAAAUGUCCCUGAUGGAUUUGCUACUCCAGUGACUGGGGUCUCUUAAGUGAGGCACUCUGAUUUUACUGCUUCUUUUUUGACAGCAAAAUGCUCCAUGUCUCAUUAUAUAGUGGCAGGUCUGCCUCCCGUGACAUCCAAUGCUCAAUUCUACAUUACAUAGAUACCUAGGUUGAUCAUUUAA